GUUAUCGUGCGAGUUUUUUAGCGACUCCCAUAUAAAGUGUGGCAGCAUAAACGUGCUAUGCAGACUUUUUCGACCAAGGAAACCGACAGGUUAACGAUGAGUUUUACGGGUAAGGUCGUAAUAAUAACCGGCGCCAGCAGCGGAAUCGGUGCUAGUGCGGCUAAAUUGUUCAGCAAUGAGGGCGCUCGCGUCGUCAUCGUCGGCCGCAACCAGGACUUACUCUCUGCGUCGGCGGCACAAUGCAACUCGCCCCUCGUGGUCCGCGCGGACAUCACCAUCGAAAGCGAAGCCCAGCGUGUCGUAGACGAAACAAUUAAAAAGUUCGGCCAGAUCGACGUUUUAGUAAACAACGCUGGCGGAAUCCCGUUGACAAUUGGUCUUCUGGAAGAUGGCGUGAUGCAAGCCUUUGACGAUGUUAUAAAUCUCAAUCUUCGUUCCGUUGUUCAUUUAACGACCCUAGCAGCGCCACACCUCAUCAAGACUAAAGGUAAUAUCGUGAAUAUAUCGAGCAUGGCCGGAGUGACUCCACCUUUUGGUCCAGGGGUGUCGAGCUACUGCGUCGCAAAAGCAGGCUUGAAUCAUUUCACCGUCUGUGCCGCAGUCGAGUUAGGCUCUCACGGUGUCAGAGUGAAUACAAUCAGCCCUGGACCAGUCCGGACCAACUUUGUACAGAACGCUAAGUUGUCGAGCACCUAUGAAGAUGUCGCCCCGUUGACGCUUCUUAAAAGGGUAUCAGAGCCGGAGGAAAUUGCCGAUAUGAUUUUGUUCCUGGCGAGCAGUAGGGCGAAAGGUAUCACGGGAGUCAACUGGUACAGCGACAACGGUUAUGCUCUUCAACGUUAAUUUCAAUGUAGUUUUUUAUUUAUAAACUAUCUUCUAAUGUAAUAUAAUUUAUUUUGUUUU